CAUUUAAAUAUCCCAGCUGUCGAGCGCACAGUGACGGAAGAAUUUUUACAGCGCUGGGCCAUUACAGCGGCUCGGUAGAGUUGAAGAUGGCGGACGGAGAGAAUAUUGUUGUUGGAGCUAAGACCAGGACGCCGGAAUCUGAUGAGCCUGUUCUUAAAAAACCCAGGAUGGGCAUAUCGGUUGAAUGUGGACUUCAAAUUGUUGAAAAAGAUCAAGGAAUGUGCAGAACGGAGACCGAAGAGAAUUGGGCGGCGGCGACUCCAGCGCGGUCUGCCGAGGAGGUUGAGCCGGCGAUGGCGGUGGGACAGGCCACAGAAACACUAGGCGGAGACAAUGGGCUGUUAGUCCCGCAACACGGUGAAAAUGUUUUGGGCAUUGAGCGGACCUCGGUGCCUGGGCAAGACGAGGGACUCGCAGCACAUGCUGGUCCCGUCAGUGGGUUCCCUCUGAAUGGCUUUGCAUCCCCAGACUGCGAUGAUGAGGAUGACGACCGCUCAUCUCACGCCAGCUCCAGUGACUGGACCCCCAGACCACAGAUAGGCUCCUACAGUUUCAUUCAGCAGCAUAUCAUGAUGGAGACAGACCCUCGGACGAUCCUGAGGGACCUGCUUCCCGACACCGUGCUUCCUCCUGACCUGGACGACAUGACGCUGUGGCAGAUCAUCAUCAACAUCUCCGAGCCGCCGAAAAGAAAAAAGAGGAAAGACAUCAACACGCUUGACGAUGUCGUGAGGUUACUCCAAGAAAGCAAGAAGAUCCUUGUCCUAACGGGAGCCGGGGUGUCAGUUUCCUGUGGGAUUCCGGAUUUCCGUUCUCGUGAUGGCAUAUACGCUAGACUCGCAAUAGAUUUUCCAGAUCUUCCAGACCCUCAAGCAAUGUUUGAUAUUGAAUACUUCAGACGAGACCCAAGGCCUUUCUUCAAGUUUGCCAAGGAAAUUUACCCCGGCCAGUUUCAGCCGUCCCCAUGUCAUAAGUUCAUUGCCAUGCUGGACCAGCAGGGCAAGCUGCUACGGAACUACACCCAGAACAUCGACACUCUGGAGCAGGGCGCUGGCGUGCAGAGAGUCAUCCAGUGCCAUGGCUCAUUUGCAACAGCGUCCUGUCUCAUCUGCAAAUACAAAGUGGACUGUGAAAUCAUCUCUGAAGACGUUCUCAAUCAGGUUGUCCCGCGUUGCCCGAGAUGUCCGCCUGACAUCCCACUCGCCAUCAUGAAGCCAGACAUCGUGUUUUUCGGGGAGAACCUUCCAGAGUUUUUCCACAGGGCAAUGAAGCAGGACAAGGACGAGGUGGAUCUUCUCAUCGUCAUCGGCUCCUCUUUAAAAGUGCGGCCCGUGGCACUCAUCCCAAGCUCCGUCCCGCAUGAAGUGCCUCAGGUACUGAUCAACCGCGAGCAGCUGCAGCACCUCAACUUCGACGUUGAGCUGCUGGGCGACUGUGACGUCAUUGUCAACGAGCUCUGCCACCGGCUGGGCGGCGACUUCGAGAAGCUGUGCCACACGUCCUCCAGGCUGUCAGAGAUCACAGAGAAGCCCCCGCGACCUGUGCUGCUCCCCACGCAACCCACGCCGCCCCUGCCUGAGGAAGACACCGCCCACGCCUCCCCUGCCAACCGCACUCAGCCAGCCCCGUCAGCCCCAGACCAGCCUUCCCAACCAGCUUCAGCCUCAGCCUCAGCUCUAGCCCAGGCAACCCUGCCUUCCCAACCAGCCCCAGUUCCAGCUCCAGUCCAGCCUUCCCAACCAGCCCCAGCCCCAGAGCAGCCCACGCACACUAAUGCAGACUUGGCAUCCCUGGACGAGACGGGUGGCACAACGCAGACAAGUGCGGCGACAGAGACAGCGGCGGAAAAAAUUGCAGAGCCCUCUUCGAAUAUACAGUCCCCCGAGGGGAUGAGAACGUCAUCACACACGCAAGACUCGGAAGACGCACAAAAAGACAAGGCCUUAGCAGCGAAAGAAGCGGCACGCAGACGAUGCUGGUUUAACAGACUCUGCCGGAGUCCGAUCAGCAAACGCCUUGAGAGCUCUCAGUACCUGUUCCAAGCACCAAAUCACUACAUCUUCCACGGCGCCGAAGUUUACUCCAACUCUGAAGACGAGUCGUCCAGCUCGUGCGACAGCGAAGACUCCUGCGGCAGUGAAGAAGGACUGGAAGAAGAGGAAGAGGAGGAGGAGGAGGAGAACGGAGAGAGGGCGGACGGAGAGGAGGGGGACAGAAGAGAAGAGGAGGGGGAGAGUAGAGGCACUGAGAACACAUGUACACCUGUGCUGGAGGAGGAGAAGAAUAACAAGGAGGAGGAGCAGGAGGAGGAGCAGGAGGAGAAAGAGAAACCAAGCCUUAGAGACACACUGCCAGAGCAUCAAAGCCAGCAGAGCACCACCACUCCACAGUGCAGCUCCCUGACACACAGAACAGCCGCUGAGAAUGUCUCGGACAACACCACAAACCUUUAACCACACAAAACAAACUCAGUUUUUUGUUUUUUUUGUUAAUUUGUUUUUUCCCCCCAACUACAUGUCCACAAGUAAGCACUAGCAAGUCUUUAUUGUACUGAAGUACAUUUUAUAUAUAUAUAUUUUUUUUUUGUACCCGGUCCCUGCCACCCCCAUGAUUUAUACUCUGUGUUGUAUUUGUUUUUAUUUGUUUGUUUGUUCCCUUUGCUUAGUUUUUGUCUGUUAAGAUUGCACAGAUAUGUACUGUGCAUAUGCUCAACGUUUGAGGUGAGAGGGCGCUGUUGAAGGCUAUUCCAAGAAGGUGGUUCAGUAGCAAACCAGGUAAAAGUUAACCUGGACGUUGUUCUAAAUCAGCUAAUAAAAGAGCCUGGAGCCCUGAUUUUCUUAAAGAAGUUAUGGCAGCAGGCUAACUAUUAGCAGGGUUACCAUUUUCUGUAAGCCAAUUUAGUCACAAUUAUCACUUACCCAUGUUCUUGGAAUUUCCCCCUUAAAUCCCAGGUGGGUGCAUGCAAGUUGGAAUUGAGCGUAAACAAACGAGAGGGUGAGGGGCUUAACAAGGGAGUGUCUGUCAUUCAGAUGGAAAAAACAACGUUGUGAAUGUCACUCCUUUUAACUUAUUUUGGUUAUAUGUCUGUGGGAUGUAAGGCAGUGAGUUGGUUUCAGAGGGUUGCAAACUCGUCAAUUUAACAGUCCAGUCUAAAAUGGCCAUUCACAUAGAAACACAGGAUGAGUUGAAAGGGAACCUGUAGGUAGACCAAAGAUCAUUUUAUUUUCAGUUCAGCAAGAAUUAUAUUUUCCAUUAAACCCUCCAAAGCAUUUUUGUCUUUCAAUUUCUUUUUAAGAGACGUUGAAGCAAAACAGGAAACGUUUGUGUUUGAUAUUUUCGGCAGCUACUUUUUUACAGUUCAUGUAUCAGUGACUUGUUUUUAAGGAAAAACAAAACCUGUGAAUCCAGACAGCCAGCAAUGAGUUGGCAGUGUUUUUUUAUGUUUCCCCCCUUUAGUUGUUGAUGAAAGUGACCAUGAGAAGCCUUACCAUAAUGUAAUUGCUGUAGGUUGGCCAUGCCUCUUUGGUGUCAGUUGAAUCUCGUUAUGAAAAUCUUUCAAAAUAUUCAUUUUGGAAUGUGUUAAAAUCUAAACUGAGAUUAACAACACAAACCCUCUGUAUGGUGAACUUAAACUGCCACCAACAAUGCAAUGGUUUUGACCCCAUGUUAGGAUGUUUUGAAAUGUCCUUGCUUAUAACUUUUGACCAGUCCACACAAAGACCUGGUUUCCUUUGUAUAAUUUGUAAAAGAUGUUCUCUUGGUUGUUAAUGAAUUGUUAUCAUUUCAACUCGCGCAAUCUCAAGCAGAGACACUUCCAAACUGUAUGGCCCAGGGUUACAAAUGCAGGCAUUGUUGUGGUUGGAACGUCGGUAUUAAGGUUUAUAGAUGAGUUUCUGUUGUGUAUGUGUUGACACGUGGACAUGUUUACUGCAGGAGCUGAUAUGAUUUUUUUGUAAAUGUAAUGAUAAAGGGGAGUAGCAUUUUGUGCAUUAUCACUUUGCAAAUUGGUCAUAUAGGCCUGUGUCCUUUUCUCCCUGAACAAUACAGAAUACAUUUUAUAUUUGAAAAUAAAGCCUUUAUGAACAUGACUACGCAAACCAGCAAGCCAUAAUGAUUGUCGAUGUUGACAUUGAAGAGAACAUUAAAUCAUGCAGUUACAUUUUUUUUCCUAAGCCGUAUGUUUGACCAGAAAGUGGUUUUCUUUUGGUUUAUUUUAUUUUAUUUUUCAUCUAUUUGCCAUGUUAUCUUGCUUUAACAGUUUAUGUUCUGUGUUAAGUUGGACUUGCCCUGCAUGUUGAACUCAAAGGUUAUUCUUUUCAGGUCUUCUUAUCUGCAAACCUUUCUAGGUAUUCUUUAUCUGACCAGAAUUGCCCUCUUUCUCAACAAGGUUGUUAUUGUGUUGGUUCGGAGGAUGUGUCAAUGACUUUAUUUCUGAAAAAUAAAACAAAACUAUAUUGA